UCAAUCAAUCAAAGUUGUCAACGUCAAAUAAUAUUGCUUUUGUGAUUGUAAUAAUAAUUUAUUUUGUUAGUAGGUAUUUGUUGCAAAUUAAUUUGUUAAAUAAGAACAUGUCUUGUCGCAAUGCAUCUCAUGCAGGUAGCUGGUACACUGAAAAUGGUACGGAACUAUCAAGACAGCUGGACCUCUGGCUGUCCAAAGCGGACCUCACACACGGCCCAGCUCGCGCUAUCAUAGCGCCUCACGCCGGUUACUCAUACUGCGGCGCGUGCGCAGCUUUCGCGUACAGACAAGUCAGCCCGGUUGUUGUCAAACGAAUCUUCAUACUCGGUCCGUCCCAUCACGUGAGGCUGGGCGGCUGCGCUCUGUCCACAUUGGACAAAUACCAGACGCCGCUCUAUGAUCUAACCAUAGACAAACAGAUUUACGCGGAGUUGGAGGCGACGCGUCAGUUCGAAUGGAUGGACGUGCAGACAGAUGAGGACGAGCAUUCUAUAGAGAUGCACUUACCUUACAUAGCUAAGGUUAUGGAGGAGUAUAAGACUGGAUUUACAAUCAUACCAAUACUUGUUGGAUCGCUCACACCGGAGAAAGAGGCCAAAUACGGCUCGAUCCUGGCGCCCUACCUGGCGGACCCCCAGAACCUGGUGGUGGUGUCGUCCGACUUCUGCCACUGGGGGGCGCGCUUCCGCUACACGUGGCGGCCGGCCGCGCGCCAGGAGAUACACCAGGGCAUCGAGUGGCUCGACAGGCAGGGCAUGGACAUAAUUGAGAAAAUGGACCCGCGCUCGUUCACCGAAUACCUCAAUAAAUAUGGCAACACAAUAUGCGGCCGGCAUCCUAUCGGAGUUUUGCUUCAGGCAAUAGCGAAGCUCCAAUCUCAACAGAACUGCCCUCGUAUGUCGAUGAAGUUCCUGAAGUAUGCGCAGUCUUCCCAGUGCGUGAAUCCUCAGGACUCUUCCGUCUCUUACGCAAGUGCUUCGUUAGUGAUCGAGUAGAACAGUGGGAACAGUGGGAAUAUUGUGUGGGAAUGUGGGAAAACAAAGCUCAACAACAAAAUAUUCGUAAUCUCUCCUGUGUGUCUUAAGAUAGUGCGUUUUUUAUUGAGUUGAUGGGAAUUGUGAGAAUGUGGGUUUUGUUAUUCCCAUCUCUCGUCUAAAUAUCAAAAAAAUUAUAUACAUUAUAUACUUAAUGCGUAAAAUC